AUGUUCUGGUUUUUAAUUGGAGCUGUUGUUGCUUUAGCAGGUUUUAUUUAUUUUAGCCAGAAAAAAAAUGAAGACUUUUGGAAAAACAUUAUGGCAAUGCCCGGUCCCAAGGAUCUUCCGAUAGUGGGAACGGAAUAUAGGUUAUAUUCUGCAGAGGAAAUAUUUAACAACGAAAGGAAGUAUCAUCAAUUGUAUGGUUCGAUAUUCAAAAGAUGGUCCUUCAAUUCGGCUUAUGUCAGUUUAUCCAAUCCUGAUGAUAUUGAGGUGCUGCUCACUAAUAGCAAACAUAUUGAAAAAGACAACGACUACGAUUUCUUGAAUACCUGGCUAGGUCAAGGGCUAUUAACUAACAGAGGAGAAAAAUGGCACAAAAGAAGGAAAAUUCUUACACCUGCCUUCCAUUUCAGCAUUUUGCAGGAUUUUGUAGGAACAUUUAAUAAAGAAACUAACCAUCUUGUAACGGAUAUAAAAAAAUCUUGCGAUAAACCAUAUAUUGAUGUCGUCAAACCAAUAACAGAAUUCACUUUAUACUCUAUUGGAGAGACAUCAUUUGGAAAAGACUUGCGGGAUGACCCAAAAUGUGAAGAAUACAAACAAGCAGUUUAUGAUUAUGGAGAACAGUUUAUUUACAGACUGAUGCGUCCUUGGCUCCAACCCUCUUUUCUGUUCAAUUCUACUAAAGUUGGUCAAGAAAAUCAAAAAACUAUUAGUAUACUACAUAACUUCACCAAUAAUAUUAUUAGAGAGAGAUACAUAGCUUUGGAGAAGGAGCAAGAUGUCCAAUUUGCCAAAAAGCGUUUAGGUUUGCUAGACUUAAUGAUCAAAGCGAAAUAUAGUGGAGCUGCUAUAGACGAUGUAGGAAUUAGAGAGGAAGUCGAUACUUUUAUUUUUGCUGGUCACGAUACCACAGCUGUAGCUUUAGGUCAUAUUUUGAUGCUCUUAGCGAAUGAACAGGAAUGUCAGGAAGAAAUCUAUCAAGAAAUACAAGCAGUCGCGGAAGACCCAAAUAAAUUAACUUUUGCUGAACUUGGGGAGAUGAAAUUUGCUGAAAGGUGCAUUAAAGAAGGCUUAAGGCUAUAUCCGAGCGCCGUUAAUAUUGCAAGAAGAUCAGGAGAAGAUAUUCACACCAAAGCUGGUUACAUUAUUCCAAAAGGAUGUACUGUGGAUAUAGCAAUUUAUGACCUGCAUCGUAAUCCAGAGGUAUGGGAAAAUCCUGAGAAAUUCGAUCCUGAUAGGUUUUUACCUGAGAAUAUUUCUAAAAGACACCCCUAUGCUUAUAUCCCAUUUAGUGCGGGCAGCAGAAAUUGUAUAGGUCAGAAAUAUGCCAUGUUGGAGUUGAAAGCAGCAGUUUGUGGACUGGUACAUAACUUCAAGUUGGAACCUGUUACAAGACCAUCAGAUAUGAGGUUUAAGGCUGACAUUGUACUCAGAGCAGUCAAUGAAAUUAGAGUUAAGUUUGUUCCUAGAAAAUAA